GCGGAUCGAGGAGGGAGUCGGCAGGUUCAUACGCGAUGGGCUCGGGAGGAGGCGGAUGGUGCCUUUGUAACGGCUGUUGAAACUCGCUUCCUUGGUCGUGUGGCUCAUUGUGCGUUAGGGCUCGAUGCUGGGGAAGAAAGGUGGUUUGCAGUGAAAACCUGACACAACAUAAACGCGAUGUUUCGUGGGAAGGUCAGAGCUUAUUAAAACAUCUCCAUGUGGAAAAGCAUUGAUUUGGGGAUAAAGAAACUGCCCGGGAUCUUUUUUAAACAUGGUGCUUAAGGAUAACAUAAAGGGAGUGCUUGUAUGCAGACAGACCUGGGUUUAAUGACUUCUCUAACGUGCAAGCUCUAGAAGUACUUAAAGAACAUCCUUGCCUGCACACAGCUGCAAGCUGCCAGACAGCAGUGCAACCAUCAGCAUCCCUGUUGUUCCACAGCAACUUAUGGAAAGGGGAAUAAACAUUUACACACAUGAUACCUGAUGGCUUCCCUUAUGGGAACGGGAGGCAGGGAAGGUUCUGCUGUGGGUCUGUUUGCUUCUAAAUUAAGGCUGUCCUAGAGCUGCACAGUGAUCAAGGGUAAAAUGACACUUUACAACAUAGUUAAACUGGAUCCUUUUGGGAAAUCCUUUAGAUUGUAUUUCCUGGUGUAAAUAUAGUGAUUACAGGGCAGAUUUAGGGAUCCUACGUGCUUUAAGUAGGACCUGUAGGAUGUAAAUUAUCAUACAAUAAAAUUACUCCAUGUACCUUUGUGUUAACAUUUGUAUCCUUGUAUCUCUCUUUGGCAUUACUGCACCAUUCAUUAGCAUAACCAGGCUAAAGCAGUAUUAAGAACCUUGUUCUCCCUUGUAACAAUCAGAACACUUUGCAAACAUCCCUCUCUUGCAGGAUGGUUUUGAUUUGGAUUCAAGCACCAGCAGGGAGCAGCCCCUGGCUCUGAGUGGAGACUGUGACAAGCAGAUAGACUUCUCCAAAAUGCACCAUUCAAACCAAGAGUAUUACCUGAAGCUGGAGGAGCUGAAGAACGCGCACUUGGAGACCAUGGCUAAACUGGAAAGCAUGUAUAGGAAUAAACUGCAUUUGAAAAGAGAGCAACCCCUGGGCACGAAGAGUGCUGCUGCUGGUAUGUGCUGCAGGCCAACUUGGGAGAAGAGCUCAUAUCAGCCUCUACAUCUGCACAAAUCCUUUUCAGACUCUGACUUAAGCGAUCCCUUAAGCUCGAGUGUAUCUGAGGGGUCUGACAGAGCCUUUGAAGAAAACGGGAGUGAAACUCCAUCAUCUGCACUUGCCAAGCAACGGAUUGAAACCAUGUGGGAUGGGUUCUCUGUGGAAGAUUACAUCCCUCGCACCAAACCCAGCUCACCUGCCUGCAGAACCACGCAGAAGAAACAGAAAGCAUGGUCACCCAAAGUGACUGUGCCCAAGCCCUUCCAGAUGACUAUCAGAGAAGCCAGGAAGAAAGAGCAGAACAUCAAGUCGAGGUCACUGGUUGAAAUGGAGAAUAACUUACUGAAGAAGCAGCUGGAGGAGGAAGCAGAGUGUCAGAAGCAGUUCCGAGCCAACCCGGUGCCCGCUACUGUCUUCCUGCCGCUCUACCACGAGAUCGUGCAGCGCAAUGAGGAACGCAGGAGGUCUGUGAAAGAGAGGAGCAAACUGCAGCUCUUGGCUUGUCAGAAGCCAUUUAAAUUCAUUGAGCGAGACAAGCAAAGGAAUGAGAUGAGGAAAAUGCAACUGCGAGACCUUUCUGCGCCUGGAAAGAAAACAGGACUGUUCAAAGCAAAACCGGUUCCUAGAUGUGUCUAUAGCCCGGCUGUUAAUGACAGGCUGAAGGAGGAGGAGCUCUACAGGGAGAUCAGGAUCAGAAUGAGAGCUGAGGAGCUGCUGCGUAAUUCAUCUCUCCCCAACAGCAGGCUGGCUUUAAAGGAUGCCAGUAAAAAGAAGCCCAAGUGCAGUGAACCAAAGCAAACCGAGCAUAAACCUAGGAUCAAAUCAAGUGUUCCGGACUUUGAACUGCUGCACCAGAGAUUUCAGCAGCGGCUCCUGCAGCAGAAACAAGUGAAGAGCCUGACAGUCUGUGAACCUUUCGGUCUCCUUACUCCAUAUAUCCCCUCAAACAAGGGGAAGAUAUUGAAGGACAUUGAAGAGGAUGAAGAGAAGCUGAAGGAAACACGCUGGCCAUAUGUCUCUCCAAGACGUAAACCCCAGAUGAGACAUUCAAGGGUGAAUUCACAUCUUGGAGGAUCUAAAUCACCAAGAAUCACAGAAUCCACAAGACGUCGCAUACACGCCAUAAGGAAUUAUGAGAAGCAGAGAAUGCAAGAAUAUCUGCAAGAGUUGCAAGAAAUGGAAGAAAGAGUAAAACAAAGGCCAUUGCUUUUCGAAAGAGUCGCUCAGAAAAAUGCCAGAAUAGCUGCAGAAAAGCAUUAUUCCAACAAACUGAGAGCGCUGGGGAUAUGCCCAGAGUUUGUGUCAAGGAAAGGACAAACAACCAAAUUGCCACAAUAUUCCAGUAUUGAAGAUUUUAAUUACUCCACUGAUGCCAGAGAAAGAGCCAUCAGGGAUGAAGUGAAGGAAAGGGAGUCCUUUGAGGCUGACAGCAGUGGGUCUGAGCAGUCCUGGGAGGAAGAGGAGGAGGAGAAGAGAAAAGGUGUCACAACUCCCAUCCAGGAUGGCCAGUGCAGUGAGCUGGAGGAUGAGGAAGAGGCAAGAGCCAGCCCUUAUGUCCAUCAGCCUUGCCAUGCAGCUGAGUUGAGCCCCACCUCUGACCAGCACCGUGAAGAAGAAGAGGAGGAGGAGAAAGAGGAGGGGGAGGAGGAAGAUGAAGCACAAGCAAAAGCAGGCCGGUCACUUAGCCAUUCCCAGGCAGAGGAGGAGGAUGAGCAGUCAAGACCCAGCUCUCGGUCUGAUCAGCCCCAUGAGUGUGAAGAGGAAGGUCAGUCUGACCCUGAAGCUGAGGGUGCUUUUGGCUAUGAGGAUGAGGAGUAUGAAAAUGAUGACUCAGAAGAGAAACCCAGCGAUGAUGAAGCUGACUGAAUGAAGGCAAGCAGAUGGCCUGAGGCUCAGGAACCUAUUUCAUUGCUGGCAGUGGAAUAGACACCAAACAAAAACUUGCUACAUUUCUACUGUUACAAAAUGCUGUGAAUUUAAAACUUUCCAGUCUUUCCAGUGCAGAAAUUUUGUCUAUUUUCCAGUAGGAAAGAUCCAGUUUGGAAUUUCCACCAAAAAAAAGAAUUUACUUUUAUAUUAAUCUUAUUUAUUCUAGUCUCGUGUGAUAUCAGUUUGUAAGAUGAACUGCAACCCCUGUUUAAUAACAACAGCUUGCAUGCUGCAUUGGUAAGUACUGAGGUCUUCUGCCCAGCUCUUUCUACAUGCUGGCAGAGGCAGGUAAGAUUUUGGAGCAGUGAUUUGCCAUCAUCAGUGUCUCCUGGUCUCAUGCAAACGUUUCAGUGCUUGUGGGGUGCAUUCAUGCCAUGUCUUGUAGGAUGGCAAUGAAUAGACAAGGGUUUGUUGUGCGAGACCUCAGAGUGGUUUUGGCAGAGCAGCUGUGAGGAGCACAAUGUGUGCAGUUAGACCAUAUGGCCAAGUGACUCUGUUCAGUUCCUCCCUCUUCUUCCCCUGGGGUUUGUCUUCUGCCCACUUAAGUGAGCUGAACUGUGACAGGAAAUGAGGUGCUUCAUCAGCUCAACUACUUUGUCUAUCUAAAAUAUAGGGAGUUGCUCUCCCUAUAGUGGAAAAGAUGCCUCGAAUACAUGACAGGGACCGCUUAAAACUUCACAGAGAUUUUGAAGGCUUACAGACAAGUAGAAGAGUGGCUCAGUAGAGCAAGUGACACUGCAGAUCUCGUAUGUGUCAUGUAACCAGCCCCCAAACUGCUCUUUCAACUCCAUUUUAAUUUGAAGAGCUCAAAUCAUGAUCUUGUAAAAUCAUUCUUCAUAAAUGCUGGCAAUCUUCAAAGGUCUUUAUUGAGGCAGGAAAUAUACACUGUAAAGAGAGAAUCUUAUUAAGUCAGGUAAAAAUGUACCCCAACAGCUCUAGUUAAUGGAAGUAGGGAAAGAAGGGCUUUAGGACCUUUUCCUACACUCUUGCCACUCAGGACUUCAGCUACUACUUCUAUUCAGAAAAUAGAAGGUUUGGGGUUUGGAUUUGAUUGUCUUUCAUUUAGUUUCUUCCAUGCUGUAUUGAAUGUAGCAUGGAAAUUGCUGAAUUCUGUUGUUGUUUCUUCCUCCUGGCUUUAAGAAGCUGUGUAAUGAUGUUUGGAAGUUUAACAUGACUACUUGUAUUCAUUUUUGAAGUGUGAGCAUAACAAACAGAAACUUGAAAUUUGUUUCUUAAAUAAAAAAAGCCAUUUUAUGUAUGUCAUGCAUGACAAUAUCGAUCACUACUUUGGGAGGAAGAUGACAGUUUAUAAUCCCUAGUUAUACCUGAGGAACCCUACAAUACAAACUCAAGGCUGGUUUGCUUGUGCUUGUCAGUAUUCUAUAAUCCUGAAGAGCUGUACAAUAUGUUGUUGAAUUCAUGGUCAUGUAUAACUGCUACUUGUCUCCUUAGGAACAAAGUUCUCUUGGAGGAAGGCAGAGGAGCUCUAAAGCAUGUUUUGCUCAAUGAUUAUUUGAAGAGAUUUCAAAUCAGAAAAGACUCAAACCAUUUCUAAGGUCUGGCAGCACUCAAAUGUUCUAAAAGAAUGAAUCUAAAACUGUUGAACUGUUAAGAUAGAGAUUAAAAAUAUUGCUAGAAACUCCUUGAAGCGAAAUGAAGCAGCAAAACCAAAGGUUUAUGUAAGGUUUUAGAAGAACGGAACCUGUGUAUAAUUUA